AUGGACGGCUGGGCAGCAGAGAAGUACGCGCACUUCGUUGACCUGUGCGACGCGUUUAAUCUUCCGGUCGUCAUAUUCCUGGACAUGCCCGGCUUCAUGCUCGGCUCACAUGCAGAGCGCAUCGCCACCAUGCGGCGUGGCGUGCGCGCCCUAAUUGCCAGCGCUGAGGCAAAAGUGCCCAAGAUAGAGUUCAACAUCCGCAAGGCGUAUGGAGUCGCGGCAGACGCGGCUCACAGCCUGGGACAUCCCGACGGCUUAAACCUUCGCUCGGCUGGCCUGCGGGUGAGUGGGGCGGCAUUCCCAUUGAGGGCGGGGUCGCGGCAGCAUAUCGCCGCGAAAUCGAUAACGCUCCGGACCCGGAGGCGCACCGCGCAAUGA